GUAUUCAAUGAAACAUCUGCCAUGGGUGGUGACCUUCUUGAACCCCCACUCUCCCCUCCUCCCCUGCCUCGCCACGCUCCUUCUGCAUUUCAAAAAAGGGGCUUCCCAUCAGUUCAAACGCACCCAGGCUGUAGUGACUGAGCACCGAUAUUUCUAAAGGUUUUAUUGGACUGCCCUGCAGAGAGAGACAGAGAGACACCCCACCACCACCACCACCACCACCACCAACCAUUUUUUUUUCUUUCUCGCAUGCGCGCGCACAGGAGCAGCUGUCAUCGGGUCGAAGCGGGUGCCCGUGCGCUGCAUAUAGCGAGACUAUCCUGUUUGAAGAUUACGCUGCAGCUCCUGGCCAUCUUGUAUCAGACAGGAUGAGACGCUGAAAAAACCCCCAAACAAACUAGAGAACAGGAGGCCCGUCUCUCUCUCUCUCUUGUUUUGUCAGAAUCGUUGACAGCCAACACCACAAGGGGUAAAAUCACGUCAAGCUGCCGUGUGUGCUGAAAAACACCUCAUACGAGUUGUGGAUUAUUCCGAGGACAUCGUGCUGAAACCAUGAGCUGGGGGUCAGAGCUAUGGGAUCAGUUUGACAACUUGGAGAAGCAUACACAGUGGGGGAUCGAGUAUCUGGAGAAGUACACCAAAUUUGUCAAGGAGAGGUCAGAGAUUGAAAUCAACUAUGCAAAACAAAUUAGGAAUUUAUCAAAGAAGUAUCAACCCAAGAAGAACUCACGAGAAGAAGAAGAGAGCAAGUACACCUUCUGUCGAGCCUUCCUGAUGACACUGAAUGAGUUAAAUGACUAUGCGGGUCAACACGAGGUUAUAGCGGAGAAUCUGAUGUCUCAAAUUAUCACUGACCUUUCGCGCUACCUACAGGAGCUGAAGGCAGAGAGAAAAUCGCACUUCCAUGAUGGGCGUAAGGCACAGCAGUACAUCGAGAGCUCGUGGAAACAGCUGGAAUCAUGUAAAAGAAAGUUUGAGAGGGACUGUAAAGAGGCAGACAGAGCACAGCAAUACUUUGAGAAGAUGGAUGCUGACAUUAACGUGACUAAGGCUGACGUGGAAAAGGCACGACAGCAAGCUCAGAUGAGGCACCAGAUGGCUGCUGACAGCAAGAACGAUUACUCCUCCUACCUGCAAAAGUUCAACCAGGAGCAGAAUGAACAUUACUUCACAGUCAUCCCCAACAUAUUCCAGAAACUUCAAGACAUGGAGGAGAAGAGAAUUGAGAGGCUAGGAAUUUGCAUGAAGACGUUUGCCGACGUGGACCGUCAAGUGCUGCCCAUUGUGGGGAAAUGUUUAGACGGCAUGACGAAAGGUGCUGAGUCCAUUGAGCCCAAGACUGACUCGAAGCAGGUUGUGGAGUCCUAUAAGUCUGGGUUCGAGGCCCCGGGAGAUGUGGAGUUUGAGGACUAUGGCCAGGCCAUGAAGAGGACGGCGUCUGAAACCAGCCUGUCCAACCUCAGAGAGACCAAGGAGAAGUCUGCUGGCAAAAGCAAGAGCAAACUGUGGCCUUUCAUUAAGAACAAGAACAAGCUUAUGUCCCUGUUAACGUCCCCCCACCAGCCCCCACCUGCCCCCCCAGCCUCAUCCCCGCCCUCACCCUCUGCUGUUCCCAACGACCCCCAGUCUCCCAAGCAGCACAAGGAGCCCCUCUCUCACCGCCUCAACGACUUCAUGACUUCCAAACCCAAAAUGCACUGCCUCCGGAGCCUGAGGCGAGGGCUUUCUCUCAAGCUGAUCACACUCAAUUCCCACGUCCGGAAUCUCAUUGAGGGCUCUGGACCAGAGGAUUUUAGCCACCUGCCACCAGAACAGAGGAGGAAGAAGCUGCAGGGCAAGCUGGAUGAACUGAAUAAGGACAUUCAAAAAGAAAUGGACCAGAGGGACGCGCUAACUAAGAUGAAAGAUGUAUACAUAAAGAACCCUCAGAUGGGAGACCCGGCCAGCGUAGACCCCCGGCUAACAGAAAUAGGCCUGAACAUCGAAAAGCUCCAGUCUGAAGUUCAGAAAUUUGAGGGCUGGUUAGCAGAGGUGGAGGAAAGAAUGCCAUCCAAGAGCGAUACACACCGAAGAAGUGGACUCUAUGAGACCCAGAACAACACAACGGUGGGCAACAACUGUGCGCAGGACAGAGAGAGGCCCUUGAGCAGCCCGGAUGGCAGCUACACAGAAGAGCAGAAUUCGGAGACUGAGGUCAAAGCCAACAUCAACCCCAAUCCCACGUCCACCACGCCAGAGUUUGACGAUGAGUUCGACGAUGAGGAGGUCCUGCCCACCAUCGGCACCUGCAAAGCCUUGUACCCAUUUGAAGGUCAUAACGAGGGCACUAUCGCCGUGGCAGAGGGCGAGCUAUUGUAUGUUAUAGAAGAAGACAAAGGAGAUGGCUGGACACGAGUGCGCAGAAAUGAGGACGAGGAAGGAUACGUCCCCACAUCCUACGUCGAGGUCUUUUUGGAAACAAAUGCCAAAGAUUCCUAAAAGCUCGAGGCUGGCUGAGGAAUGGCAGGGCAAGCAGCCUCGGAGAAAACCACCGUGUUCCUCACGCGCUCGCAGAUUCAGAGAGAGAAAGUGAAAGAUGACCUGACUCUUAAAGAGAGAGAGAGAGAGAGAGUGAGACGGCCAAUUAGAAGGCAUCUCACUUUUGCAAACCAUUACAAAAAAAACUUUGCGGAGUGGCGUUAAGAGAAAUCCAUCUAAAUUUUAGCACUCAUAACCUUUUUCCAUUCUUAACACCCAUACAGCAGUCACAACCACAGUAUACAAUUUGCUUCUUUUGUUGUUUUUAGCUUCGCUUCUUAAUGAAACUAACUUCGCUUGCAACGCGCGCGGUCAUGAACGUGGCUGUCGGCUUCCUCGCUCUGAACGCCCCGCUUCCCCUCUUCGCCCCCACUGCACACACACACACACACACACACACACACACACAGCAGAGGGUGUGGUCAGAGACAGGACGGAGACCAGCAGGAGCCUACGGACAAAAGGCCACCUGUGAAACACCUUCAUCCAGCAGUGUGCAUGCUUGUGUGUGAGUCAUGACUUCCUCACUCACUCUGACGAUAAGGAGAAUCACCCCGAGCUCAUCUGCCUUCAUCUGGGGCUUUAAAAACCUCAUGCUCACCCCUCCCACUAAAACCAGCUCAGUACUUACAGGUUUUCACUCAUCUUAUCAGUGGAAGAGGCGAAGGUGCUAUUCAUCUCCCUGUAUCUCAUGUGCUUCUGACCGUGAUUUUGUUUGAAUGUGUGUCUUAGCUGGACGGUCUUGUGUGUUGUAAUGUCAUUUUGUUCCUUUGACAAACACCCCCCACACACACACACACCCACACACACACAUAUCCAGGACCAGCUGGAGCGGAAAGAGACUGGUGAUGGGUCGUUCGGCCAUCCUUCAGAUUCUGGUCUUGUCACUGGUGUUUGUUCCUCUCUCUGACCACCACCCCCUACCCUCUCACCUCCACGGCCCCCCCCUCCUCAGGCGGCUCAGGCUUUUCCUUGGCUGCUUUGAGCCCCCCACUUGUUUUGUUGCAACAGCUCAGGGCGGAGGCCUCUCAGCGUUGUGGUGUGCUGCAUGCUUGCCCUGUCUUCCUCUUAGCCCCCUCUGCUGGCAACCCGUUGGAGGUAGUGGGUCAGCUUACGCCCCCCCUGCCCCACCUCUUUGCCUCCAGCCUUUCUGUUCAGUUAACCCUCAUUGCCUGGUUGUACUGUUUGAAUUAACCUGAAUGCUACUGUUUGGGUUCAGUGCCUGUGGUUCUUUAUUUUUUAAAUCUCUUUUCUUCUGUUGGUUUAGACAGCAUGAUUUCCUGUUUUUAACAGCGAGUGAGUCAUCACCUCUUCCCACUGUUUCCCCAGUUUAUUCUCAAAACUGUCAGUAAAGGACGAUAGGGACCCGAAAACGUUGUUUUCUGAACGAUCUUAUGCAUAGGUAGGUCAUGGAUGUCUUGUGCAUUUGUUUUACUGUAAGUACACAGUACAGUAUGUAUGUAAAAAUGUUAGUAUUGUAUGUUUUGAUCAGAGUGUCUAACGCAAGUUGUUACUUUACAGUUCAAGCAACAGUUAACCCAAAAAAUAAGACCCAUGAAGAUAUGAUUCACACCUUUUCUUUAGGAUGGUCCACUUUAACUGUCUACUGUAUAUGGAAAAUAUACUGUGAUCAACGUUUUGUGACUGAUAUGUGACCCUGAAUCACCUGCUGUGGGCCUUAACUGGGUUCCUGACAGACAGAAUAAUGCUGAUGGCUUGGUUGGUGUAAGGUUUAAGAUGUGAUUAUCUCAGAAGUUUGGGGGCAAAUUUGAGAGUUUUUAUAAUCAGAAAACUAUCAGACAAGAGAAAUUGUGUUCACUGAUUGCCCCUCCCCCUGCUCAAAGGCACAUAAUGUACAUGAUUUUAACAUUUUUGUUUUAUAUUUGAUGAUGUUGAGAUUCAACUUUCUUUAUUUUGCUUUUUUUGUUUGUUUGUUUUUUUUUUGAGCUCGAGAUCUGUGUUGUAGCUUAUUCUCUGCCUGAAUUCACUGCAAAUAUGGGUAACAGUUACUUUGAAUGAAGCCGUUCGUAAAUAUCCAUCUGACGCAGCAAAUAAUGAAUUAUGAACACACUUACCAUUUCCAGUCGGAUGCUUUACGGAUUGUAAAGCACCUUGAGGUAAAUCCUGAUUUGUGAUUGUGGACUGUAUAUAAAUAAAAUUGACUUUACUCAACCAUUUGGACUCUGAAUGGGAGGAACGAUCAAUCUCUGCUUAAUCAAGCUUAAAAGUGUUGUGUUUGCUUUUUACCACCCGUCGCUCAAUAGCCAGUUCUUGUUUUAAUCGUUUUCAGUGCUAAAUAACAAGAUAACGAGAUACGUUGGAGGGCAGCAGUAGCACAUAUCUGCCAGACCACCACAAACUUUUAAGUCGAUGCCCCAGAAUAACCUGCCUGUACAGUGGAAAUGGCACAUCGGAAUUAGAGAGAAUAUAUAUGAAUAUAUAAAUAAAGUUUUAAAAAGGAAAAAACAUCUAUUUUAACUAUUGAGAGUCUUACCAUUACUUUAUCUGCUUUGCAAAGUAAGACUUGUUUUCCUUUGUAAGGUCUACCAAAUGGUGUGUUUUGCACUUUUUCGUUUGUGUUCCAUUUGGUAGCCCACGCUUGUGUUUUGGAGCACUGAAUACUUUGUAUUGUGUUUACUGUGCCAAUUAAAUAUGCCUGGAAAGUU